UCACCUCCCCUCCCUCCCUCCCCCCUCUUCCCUUUUGUCGCCUGUGCCUCCCGUCCCGCUCCUCCUGCCCGCUCUCCAUCCGUGCAUCCCCUUGCCCUUUUCCUCUCUCUCUCUCUGCUCCCUUCCCGGGCACUCUCACACCAGAAACCAUGGAUCGGCGUUCUGUUCAUGUCGCCGGGCUUGCGGAUAAUGUCACCCGCGAGACCCUGAUGGGGGCGUUCAUUCCCUUCGGUGACAUUGUCUCCAUCAACAUGCCGACCCAGCGGUCCUCCGAUCGGCACCGUGGCUUUGCCAUGGUAGAGUUUGAGGAGGCUGAGGAUGCCAUCGCGGCUGUGGAUAACAUGGACCAGGCGGAGCUCUUCGGUCGAACCAUCAAGUGCCAGCUGUCUCGCACUGGUGCCCAGAUUGAUACCCGCACGGACAACAAUGUCGCCUUCUGGGCACAGGACAAGUGGCUGGAGAAGUACGGCCACGCGUCGCUGGAGAAGGAUCCGGAGUUUGUGUCGUCCGCCACGCGGGCCGGCCAGCGCGCGCUGGAUGAGGAGUCGCGCCGCGACGCCGACAGUGCGGCUGCCAUCGCCGGUGCCGCCGCCGCUGGUGGUGCUACUGCCGCCGCGCCGGCUCCCAAGAUCCACAUUACCGAGAACCCGCGCGCCUUCUUCGACAUUGCCAUCAGCGGCGAGCCAGCCGGGCGGAUUGAAUUUGUGUUGCGCGCGGACAUCUGCCCCAAGACUUGCGAGAACUUCCUUGCUCUGUGUGAGCACUCCAAGGGCUAUGGCUACCGCGGGUCGACCUUCCACCGGCUCAUUCCGAACUUCACGCUCCAGGGCGGUGACUUCACAAACCACAAUGGCACAGGUGGGCACUCGAUCUUUGGCGAGGCCUUCGAUGAUGAGAACUUCAUCCUCAAGCACACUGGUAUCGGCUGCCUCUCAAUGGCCAACUCGGGCCCGAAUACCAACGGCUCGCAGUUUUUCAUCACCACCGCCAAGGCUGAUUGGCUGGACGGGCGGCAUGUUGUCUUUGGCCAUGUCACCGCCGGCCUGGACCUGGUCCGGCGAGUGGAGGCCUGUGGCACGGCGUCAGGUCGGCCCACCAAGCGGGUGACCAUCGUCAAUUCCGGCCGCCUGUGAGAGGAACACCCAACAGGGGCUGCCUCCCGCGCACUGUCAGGCUCCUUCGCUUCCCUUGUGCCACUCCACCCGAUCGCCCGGUGUCCCUCCUGACCCCGCCGCUGCCCUGCCCUUCGGGUAGGCGGGGAGAAGAAAAAAAAAGCAAACCCAAAUACAAUCCAUCCCAAAGAAGAAAACGAA